CCCCUUCUCGCAUUAACAAUACAAGCCUUGUUGAUUUACUUUUAUCAGAACUUGAUGAACCUGAAAGGUCAUUGAUAAACAGUUCAUCAUUAUCAACAUGCUUACCUCAGAUGCGAGAAAAAAUGUUUGAUUAUAUCUCUUUAAUAGAUCAUAUAGACCCAAAAUUAUUAGAUGGAAUUGAAUCAUGGUUAUAUUUUAAUGUUAGUGAGCGUUAUGAUGAAACUUAUAAGUACGAAAUAUUUGCAGUCAUGUGCCUGAUGUUUAUACGUCUGUGCCCAAAUAUUGAAAUCUUGGACAUGUCUUCUGGAUUGUUAACCAAACCAUUGUUUGAUAAAAUAUUAACAUGUAACAUGGUAAAAAGAUUAAAUAUUUAUAAUACAGCGACAGAUUUCAAAGAUAUAACAGAGAUAAUAAUUAAAAACAAAACAAUUAUUUCACUUAAUAUUGGAAGUAAUCAUUUUACCUUAAAGGAAGUGAAGUCUAUUAUCAACUCGCUAAGCUCAAAUAUAGUGUUGCAAGAGAUAGAUUUAGGUUAUAAUGUUAUUGGUUCCAAAGGUUUAAAGACAAUUUCAGAGAUGUUACGUAACAACACCAUGCUAACUUCACUUGGACUUGAAUCAAUAGCCGACCAUUCUAAUAGAUUUAAUGUAGAAUCCCUAAAAGAAUUUA